AUGGUUGGCGCUCCGAUGCAGAUGCAGGUGCCCGUCUCCCACAUGGGACCCGGCCCUGUGAUCCUGCCCGUACAAGGCCCCGAGCAGCAGGCGCCUCAGCAGCCUACGAAGGCCUACCCGUGCAGCACUUGCGGCAAGGGCUUUGCUCGCCGUAGUGACUUGGCCCGUCACGAACGUAUUCACAGCGGCAUUCGUCCGCACGUCUGCGACUUCCCCAACUGUGGAAAGCAGUUCAUCCAGCGAUCGGCCCUCACGGUCCAUCAGCGAGUCCACACCGGAGAGAAGCCUCACAUGUGUGAACGCUGCGGCAAGCCUUUCAGUGACAGCAGUUCCCUGGCACGCCACCGCCGAAUCCAUUCUGGCAAGCGCCCUUACAAAUGCCCCUACGCCGACUGUCAGAAGACCUUUACCCGCCGCACUACUCUGACGAGACACCAAAACCACCACACCGGCACUGUUGAGGAGGCUGCUGCUGCGACUGCCGCCGCCCUCGCCGCCCGUGGAGCUACCGCGAAGCCAAAUGCGUCCCGCUCCGAUGGUGACGCCAUGUCCAACCGGGGCUCACCGCUGACGACGCCUUCUCCUGGCCAGCGAACCCUCUCGAUGUCGCCCAGUGCCGACAGCAUGCACCGUGCCACUUCGGAGUUCCAGUAUAUGGGCAACAGCUCGCUCCCCGUCCAUCUCCAGCGGGACAUGCACGUUGGCAGCCCUGCGUCGACAUCUUCGGGCGGUUACAACACCGGCAUGAGGCCCACCUCGCAUCCUACCAGCUACGGACCGCCCCCAACGCUGGAGCCGAGUGUCGAGCAACACUCCGGCCCUGGCAGCGCUGGCGGCAGCCCUCACAUGAGCAACGUCGGCUGGCAGUCGCCGUCGCACGUUGCGUCUCCCUCGCACAGCAGCAACGGUGGUGGCUACACCUAUCCCGAUCCCGACGCAUACCCCGCUGCUCCCUCGCUCGGUGGCCAAAUGUUCUAUGGCAACCCCGGACAGGUCCGCCGACCCCAGAGCACCGAGCCCCCUGCCGGCGCCUAUGACAUUAAGGGUCGCCAGAGCGAGCUGUGGGCAGGCGCUCACUAG